CCUACCUGCCCAAACGCCUUCAUACGUUAGUAGCCCGUUGGUUGGCGGGUAGUGCCUGAGGCCGACCCGCUGUAGCACACUGCAGUGUAUCCAUCCUUCAGUGCUCACUGCCCUGCUCUCUCCCAGCCAACUUAAGCAGCACCUUGCGGUCCUUGCCCCAAGACUGGCGGCCGCUGGUCUUUCACCCACCCACCGUUCUCACACCAGGAUCUUCACUUCCCAAAAGAAGAUACUCGCGGAGCUACCUAUUCCUGACCCGGCGACGACAGCUUCCAACCCACUCCGUUCGACUGUGACGUUCGCACCGAAGCAGAACUCGCAGGAUUUUCGUCGCUUCCACGCCGUCGAGAGGCUUGCCGGUACCUCGCCGGGCCUCGCCCUCGUGUCGGCGCAGAAGAGGGCAAGGCUUUGUUCUGCGGUCCCUGACUUGGGCUGCUAAGCUCGUUUCAGACUCGUGGAAGCCCAGGACGCAACCUUUUUUGUGAACUACCUCGUCCUUCGCAUGAGACCGAAGGCGUUCAGAAGUGGAAAAGCUGUGCCUUCUCUUGCCCGCGCGUCGAAUCUCCGGCUCGCCGCUUGGCAUUCUCGUUUUGCAUCCAAGGCACUUCUCCACUCCCAUAUAAUGGCUGCCCCCUUCGUUCCCCAAGACGUACAGGAGAUCGCCCGCGUUCUCGGGGCCCUUGAGGUCGCCCGGAAAGAGAAGAAACGCGGAGCAUUUUCCAUAAAGAAAACGACAUUCAGCGUGAAGGAUUCCCUGGACGGGAUCCAGGUAGAUUCCUGGCGACUGCAGGACUGGGACUACAAGAGACGGGAUUUGCCCACUUACGCCCGAGGCCUGUUCACGACGAGAAAUCGUUCCAAUGAGCCAGAGAUUGCAGUCAGAGGCUACGACAAGUUCUUCAAUGUCGGCGAGGUUAACGAGACCAAGUGGGAAAACAUCACUACAAGGACUCAGCCGCCGUACGAAUUGACUCUCAAGGAAAACGGGUGCAUCAUCUUCGUUGCUGGCCUCGAGGACGACACCUUGCUAGUCUGCAGCAAACAUUCCACUGGCGACCGAUCUGACGUUGAUGUCAGCCACGCUUCCGCUGGCGAACAGCGACUGGAGAAACAGCUCGCCGCCAUCGGCAAGACGAAGGCGGAUCUCGCCCGCGACCUGCGUCAACGCAACGCAACUGCCGUCGCCGAGCUAUGCGACGACUCGUUUGAGGAGCACAUCCUCGCUUACGGCCCCGACAAGGCUGGCCUAUAUCUUCAUGGUAUCAACCUCAACCUGCCAGAGUUUGUCACGUACCCAAGCCCCGCGGUGCAGGAGUUUGCAGACCAGUGGGGCUUCCGAAAGACGGGCCUGAUGGUGAUGAACGAUAUCCAUCAAGUCAGGUCUUUUCUUGAAGAAACCGCCGAGACUGGCGCACAUGAUGGUCGGGAUGUUGAAGGCUUCGUCAUCCGCUGCAGAAUGAGCGUCAACCCUAGCUCGCAGCCGUACCAGGAUUGGUUCUUCAAAUACAAGUUCGAGGAGCCUUACCUGAUGUACCGGCAGUGGCGCGAAUGUACCAAGGCUCUCAUCUCCGGCAAGGCACCCAGGUUCAAGAAGCAUGUUCGUAUCACCGAAGAAUACCUCUUGUACGCCCGCCAGCGCCUUGCCGCAGAUCCACGGCUGGGCAGGCUGUACAACCAGAAUCAUGGCAUCAUUGCCCUUCGUGACGACUUUCUCAAAUUCAAAAACCUCAACGGCUCCGACGCGGCCAACAUGGAUGAUCUAAACCCCGUUGCCAUGACCGAGGUCACUGGGGAUGUUAUUCUUUGUCCGAUUGCAACCAUCGGCUGCGGAAAGACUACAAUCGCCCUAGCUUUGGCACAUAUCUUUGGCUGGGGCCACAUACAGAACGACAACAUAUCUGGCAAGGGCCGUCCACCUAGAUUCACCAGGGCCGUGCUAGAGCAGCUCACGCAACACCCCGUGGUGUAUGCUGACCGCAACAACGCCCAGAAACACGAAAGGAAGCAGAUCAUCACCGAUGUGAAGAUGCAACAUGCCACGGCCAAGCUGGUAUGUCUCAAUUGGCGCCACAAUGACGAUGCCAUCGACGAGAUUCGCCGAAUCACACAAGAGAGAGUCUUGGCGCGCGGUGACAACCACCAGACCAUUCACGCAGCAACGGACAAAGCCAAAUUCUUGGGAGUCAUGGAGGGCUUCAUUAACCGUUUCGAGCCUUGCAGCCCGCACUUCAAGCCUGAUGACGGUUUCGACGUCAUCGUUGAUCUGGACCCGACAGUUGGGAGCCGCACGAACCUCGAAACCGUUGUCAAGAAGCUGCAGCAGUAUUUUCCCAACCUGAUCAAGGAAAUGCCGUCAAGUGAGCAGCUCGAUGCCGCCAUCGAGGCCGCUAUAGGUUACAGGCCGGAUUUCAAGCAAGAGCUGCCUGACCGAACAAACGGUAGCAACAAGAAGAUGCAACAGCCACAAGCGCAACAGAAUCAGAGAAAGCCGACACGAAAACAGUUAGAGUACAUGUCCAUUGACACUCCAGCCAAUGCCAUCACUGCUGCACUCGAUCAGGCGUUUCAGGGAGUCGACCCGAAGACAUCCCGGUUCUAUAUGCAACUAAAGCAGACACGACGAAUACAGAACAAAUUCCAUGUAACGCUUAUACAUCGGGCGACAGCUAAACAACACCCUGAAUUGUGGAACCGCUACACGGCGCUGUAUGACGCUUCAGUCGGGACUGAGGACAAGCUUGGCGAGUGUGGCUUAGUAUUGGAAAGGGUAUGUGGCGCUCACUCACAAGCAACAGUAUUCUACUGACACGCGGCACUCUGAACGUUAAGGUCGUCUUUGACGACCGCAUCAUGGCCAUCGUUGUUCGCCUAGUCGAUGCGGAGGGCAAGUGGGACUGCGUGAAUCGCGUGGCUCACAUCACGAUCGGAACGCGCGACAACACAGUGAAGCCGAAGGAGAGCAACGACUUGUUGGCGAGGUGGCUCGAUAGUGGUGUCGCAGAAGGCGGCAUAGGAGAACGGAUUUUUGAGCCCAAGCCGGCUAUCAGGGGCGAUGUCAGGGGUGUGGCGUCGAGAUAGAGCACACUGCAAUCCGACCACCACCCCUCAUUUUCUGAGGCGAGGAAUUCCAUGGCCGACUACGAAAAGCUGCUGGUCUCGAGCUCUGCCGCUGGAGAUCCCAUACUGAAGCGGUUGACAUGUCCCACACUAGCAGUGGGACCUCUUGGCUCACACGCGUUGCACCAUUGUUGAGGUUGUAUUUGCAAAGACGGAGCCAUGCUCGUUGCGCACGUGUCCACCAGGCGCGACUGAAAGGUAGCUAGUUUAGGCCUUCAUGAAUUAUAGGGGUAUAUGUGAAAGUACAAUGCAGGCAAUGUUUUAUACAUUAAUAGGAAG